CCUUUCCCUUUAGUCAGAGGAAGCUACUUUCGAUUUGAAUAGCUAAAAAUUAUCUUAAAAGCAAUAUGCCACAGUCAAAACUGAAAUUAACUCAUAUGUAUUUGCAUUCCCUGCAUGCAUCAAUUCCUGGGCCAAUAUACUAGCUCAUCUUUCAAAGAAAAGAACAGAUUUUUUAUAUGUAGCUUUCUACACUAAAAGAAUAUUCAUGUUAACCAUGACCAAAGAUGAGGUGCUUGAGCAUGAUGACUCUAGCCUAGCAGAUGGAACCAUAUUGAUGAGUCUUCCUCUCAUGCCACCUAUGGACACAGGGGAAUCUGGUGUAUCGGGAAUGAAAUCUUUGGAAGAUGAUCUUGAUGAGAUGGUGAAGGAAGAAGAUGAUGUUGAUGUUAACCAUAUGUUGUCUGUAGUAAAUGCUGGAGGAAAUCUUAUCAGAACCAACCAUGCUACUCUGCAAUCGCUUCUUUCCACACCAAUAUCCACGGCUCAAAUGUUUACCCAUCAAGAUGGAAUCCAGGUCAUCACAAUACCAACAGCUUCGGACUUUCUUAAUAUGGGACUGACCAAUGACCUGGACAGACUAGUUCAUAUGGUGCCGACCAGCACAGAUCUCAACAGUCUUGGCACUAAAUACAUUGGACUCAUUGCUAUAUCCAAUCCUAAUCUGUUACCUAAUGGGAAAGAUAUGGGUUACUCUGGAUUUGAGAUGGUACAGGCAGCUGAAGCUGCAGAAAUUAAUGCAGCAGCAUCAGAAAGUAUGGCAGCCAUUCUAAUGCCUCCACCACAAGCACCUUCAGAUUUAUUGAUCAAUUGUCCCUCCUGGGCACUGAGACUUAAAAAAUGUGAAAAAAUUGGAGACUCCUACAGAGGAUAUGUGGAGAAUGAAACAGAUCUUGAUGUGGUACUAACAUUACAUAAACAACAGACCAACAGCUUCUGGGGUACACGUCAGUCCCCUAGUCCUGCCAAGGCUUCAACAAGAUUGAUGUGGAAGUCUCAAUAUGUUCCUUUUGAUGGCAUUCCUUUUGUUAAUGCAGGUAGUCGAGCAGUUGUCAUGGAGUGUCAGUAUGGUCCAAGAAGAAAAGGGACAUUAGGCAAACGUGGUACUGCAUCAAAUGUUUCUAAUGAAUUUAAACAAACAUGCCCAGCACGAAUUUAUAUUAAAAAGGUGCGCAAAUUUCCAUCCCAUGCUGUUAACCUAAAUUUGGAUAAGAAAACUAUCCGUCUUGCUAUGGAUAAAGCCUUUCAUGAACUUCGUGAGCAAGGCUUAGAAAAUUGGGGAGAAGAGAGGUAUUACGUCCAGUUGCCAACCGACAAAGCACAUGAUUACCAUGAUGAGAGCUCCUCAUCCAAACAUGAUUCUGCAGCAGCUUCCUUGGAAGAAACAAUCAAAGAGGAGCAACACUCACCAUCAGAUCGUGCUAGUGAAGCCCGUAUCCACCCCGCUGUUUUAGAAAAAAUCCGGCAGAUGGUUGCCACUGGAGAGACCAGGCUUUAUUCAAUACGUAAGCAGCUGAGGAAAUUUGUUGUCAGGGAAUUGUUUCUCGGCUCUGGUGUGGUACCUGAGAGACAUGAUCUCACCAUGUUCCCUACUGUCAAUGACUUGAAAAAUCACAUCCACCAAGCACUAAAGGACAUUGAAUCUGGAGUUUUAGCUCUGUCUGCUCCUGUGGUGAAUCUUGAAGUCUUACCAGGCUCAGAUUCCAAUUCUGAAGAACAAGAUCUCUCUAAUGACAUAAAAACUGAGCAGCUGUGCUCUAUGUGGUCUGGUACUAACUUGUCUGCCAAUGGCCCCUUGCCAGAGACUGUCACUGUAACUCUUACUCAAAACCCAGAUGAAGAUGGUCAUCACAUCAUUUCUCGCAUUGAGACCCACCUCAGUGAUGGGACAACCCAAGUCAGUACAUCCUUAACACCCGAAACUGCCCAGCUCUUGUCUAGACUUCACCCUGGUCUCUUUCCAGUUGGCAGCCUAUUGCGGCUGGAUACAUCCCAAGAUCACUCUCCCAAGUCUGAAUGCUUAUCAAGUCCAUCAGGUGCAUCAGAAUCAACACAAGAUUUAUCAUCAGAGAACCCUGUGUCAGGUCUAGACUCUUCUGUUCAUGGUAUUAGUGUCAUGGAUCCUGCUCACCUCUCCGGCAUGGUGGACAUGGAUAGCUCUCACAACAUUUCUGACAUGAUGGACUCUGACUCUGUCAUCCACCUCAACACUAGUCAAAACAUAUCAGCUCUCAUGGAUUCCAGCAAUCUGGCCAGUAUGGUGAACGGUGACUCCCAUCACUUGACCAUGUCCAGCUCUCAACUGCUGAGCGCUGUCGACUCUGCAACUAUCUCUGAGAUGGUUUCAUCUGGACAGCUGACCAUUGUAUCGGGCCUGUCCAAUACCUUACACCUGGUCGCUAACAAACCUGAUGCUGACAGCAGUAUGGGGCUGGACUCUUCAGACAGUGACAGCAAUCACAUGACACUUGUGGAGGAGGACAGCUGUGAUGGUCAACAUGAUAAACUCUCUGACAAAAUAAACCUUCAUAUAACAUCAGACCAAGAAAUGGGCAUGGCAAGACUAGAGAACAAAGUGUCAGAUUUGUAAUAUUCACACCUUUGCAUUUAUGACACACUAAAAGAUGUGUCAGACACGUAAAUAUUAUUGGUAUUUAUUUAAACAACACUCAAAGUGACUUGGGGUAAUAUGAUCUUUACAGCUUGUGAUUGAACAUUUUUGUAAAUACAUGAUAGGAGUUAUUAAUAUAAUUAUUUCCCAACUAUACUUGAUGACUUGAGCCUGUUAUGUGAAAGUUAUUUUGAAAUUGGAUGAUUUGAUAGCUGUUUUUUGAAUAGUGCUUCCACCCAUUUCUUAUGGAUGCAUUUAAAUCAAUCAAAAGAAAUUUUUAAAAUACUUUUUGUAUUUGAUUUUUGUAAGGUUUGCAAAGCAAUCAAAGUUAAAACACUGUAGUUGUUUCUUUUGUAUUAAUUAGGUUUCAAAAAUAAUUUUUCAGGUUACGUAUUAAAAGGAGUUAUCAGCUCCAUAUAAAAUGUAAAUAGAAAAGAAACUGCAUUUUUUAAAAAAUAGAAGCAAGAUUUCUUCAGAAUCUAAAAAUGUUUUUUGUUUGAUGAAAUUGUUAGCAUUAAACUGGCAUUCUCAUACUUGAUCGUCUAAUGUAAAAUAUUGAUUGAAUCUCUAUAUGGCAUUGCUGUGAAAAAUGAAAAUUUCUACUUUUUCCCCCAAUGAUUUCUACUUAAUCAAACAGAUGUAUAUAAAUAUAUUUAAUAUCUUAUUUAUUGUAAAAUUUGCAAGUCCUACCAUGGGUUUUUCCUAUUUGUUGUGCAAAGACUGAGCUUGCUGCCUAGGUUGUAUGAAUUAUAAUUAUUAGUUUCACUCAACUUGACCAUGACAUUUAUAAUUAAGGCUAAUAUUUGCCUCCAUAUAGAAAAUAUGUCUGAUUUAAGUGUUAAUGAAAUUUUGAUUUCUUUUUCACAUACAAUUUUCCUUCCAAUUAAUAUACUUCUAAAAAAAAAACGAAAUUUUUAGAUUUAUUUCUAAGAGUCUGCAAAUUGCUUAUUUAUAAAUGUGCUUUUAUUAUCAGGUAAGAUUUUGUGACAGUCAGGUACCUACACAAGUUUUACUGUUUUAAGAGGCUUAAAAAAAAUUAAGUAGCUGAGUCAUUGUAAAAAAUUACUCAUUUAGAAAUACAUUAACUAGUAGUAUUUAUAAUCUGAGAUGCUGUUCAAAGUGCAAGAGAUGCCUUUCUCUUACUGUCCAGCAAAAUCUAGUCUUUUUGUAUCAUUGAGUGCAUCUUACACUAGUCAACAGAACCAAAUGAAUUGAAGGUGCUUAUAAUGUAUUGGUCAUUAGAUUGUAACAUAUUUAUUUUUUCAAUAUUUCAUUGUUGAGUUACCAGUAUCUGAUUAUUAUUAACAUUUUUAUAUGCUAUCACAUAUGAAUAUGACAAUAGUCAAUGUACAAAACAUUUUAAACAUGUGAUAUUUAUACUUCAAAAAUUAUACUAGUUGCUUUUCAGUAAGGUGCUAUUUUCAUGGAUUGAAUAACACGUUACAUUUUUGGCAAACUGCUAUGUAUUUCAUUUAGGUAUCUAGAUAACCAAGUUUAGGUUCAGUUUGAUUUUUUAACAGAGCAAAAAUGGUUGUAUUAGAGUUGCUUAUAGCAAACACCAGUGUACAUAUAUAACAUUCAUACUCUGUAGAUUGGCUGAAGGAUAACCAUUUCUGUAGUCUAACAUACUUUGUUUUGGUUGAAUCCAACACAAUUUUGUUUUGGUGUAAAUAGAUGUGUAUAGUAAAGUACGCCUUUAGUGUAAUGUUUGAUAUUUUCUUAUUCUCUUCACUAUUGAAUAAAUUGGAGGAGUUUUAAUUUUUAAAAA